AUGGAGUCUUUGUUCGGAGGGGAGCUGGGAUUGCUGGGAGGAAGUGAGGGAUUGAAGGAGGAUGGCUGCUGGGCAGGAUCGCCCUUACCUGAGGAUAUGUACUCAGCCUCCCACUUCGCCCUCAUCAGUGCUUACCAGGACAUCAAGACCCGACUGGCCGGACUGGAGAGGGAAAACACCGACAUCAAAAGAAAGCUCAAGCUUUAUGAGAUAAAGUUUCCUAUGAUCAAUGACUUUGGCGAGGACAGGAACUCCUACUGCUCCUUUGAGCCUAAAGAUACGGCCUUGCUCCAGUCUGAGAAUGGCAAUCUGCAGCAGAGAAUCAACAUCCUCACCCAUGAGCUUCAAAAGGGUAAGGAACGGGAGGAGCAGCUGGAAGAUGUCAUUCAGGCCUAUGAGAAGAUCCACAUGGAGAAGACUAAUCUCCAACGGGACCUGGACAAGAUGACAUCUCUAGUGGAGAAGCAUAUGGAGCGCAUCCACAGUCUAGAGGCUGCUCUGAGGCAGCGAGACAGCUCUCUACACAAAUUCAACACACAACUGCACAGCAAAGACAUGCAGUACCUGCAGCUCCAUGCCAGUCCUGACACACACAGGCUAGACUGCCCGGCUCUGACCCUUCAGAGCUCCCGCAGUCUGGAUACUCUCUCAGACCUGAAACUACAGCGGCUGGAGGCAGAGCUAGAAGGCGCACGGCAUGAGGCCCGAGGUGCAUGUCAGAGGGAGGAGGAGCUAAAGGCUGAAUGUGAGAGACUGCAAGAAGAGCUAAGAGAGCUUCAGAACAACCAGAGACAACAGGAUGUGAGCUCCACUUGUGCCCAGUGUGAUAUGGAAUGGAUAAAGAAGGUGGGAGAUGAACAAGUGAAUCUGGCUCUGGCCUACACUGAGCUGACUGAGGAGCUUAGCAGACUACAGGCACUGAGCACCAAACAGACAGAGAUCCUGAGGAAAGCCUCACAGGAAGAGACUAGCCCAGUUCAACGCCAUUCUCCUGUGCCUCACCAGAGGCACUCGCCUGUUCCACACCGACACUCCCCCAUCCAGCAACGCCAUUCCCCCAUCCAACAACGUCAUUCCCCAAUUCAACAGCAUCAUUCUCCUAUACAGCAGCGUCGCUCUCCAGUGCUGCAGCGUCUCUCCCCGGACAUGCACCGCCGCUCUCCCCUGGCCGAACUUAACGAUGGUCCUGCUUCCUACACCUGCAGACCCCCUACUCAGCACCUAAGAGCCAGUUUUCAAGGGCGCCGCAGUUACUCCGAGGUUGCAGACCCUUCUGCCUAUCAGCGUCCGCCAAGGUUCACCCUUGACCCUGUCUCCACCUUGCCAAAGCCCCGUCCAUACGUUGAGAGCUACCACAAACAGCAGCAACAACAGCAACAGCAGCAGCAGCAUGGCCAUAUCAUGGCCCAAAGGCGAGGCUCCCAGCCUGGGAUUCAGACCAUAGGAGGGGAAGGAAGUAUGGCUGAAUCACCUAGACACACCAGAGAGCUCUCUUUCCAGCAUGCAGAAUUGUCUCAUCUGCAUUAUGAGCCUCAGCCUGCUCCAGCAACGCUACAUACCUCUCCUCAGCCACCACACUCUUCAGAGGAUGAGGAAGAGUGGACCUGCCCUCACCCCAUCAGUCCCCCGCGGACACUGGGGACUUCUGGCCCCGCCUCCACCAUGAGGGGCCCUGCUUCCUGUUCAGCCUUCCCCAUCCCAUCUCGCCCCAACACCUUAAGCUGCCACUCACCUGGAUACCUGCAUGCAGAACAUGCCCAGUCUUGGCCAUCCAUUAAUCUUUGGAUAGAGACAGAGGAGGAGAGUGAUGUGAGGAGCUGCCCGCUGUGUCAACUCAUCUUUCCUGUCGGUUACCCUGAUGAUGCCCUAAUCAAGCACAUUGACUCACACUUGGAGAACAGCAAGAUCUGAGACCCACAUUCACCACAUUGUCUCUUAAACCCAAUUUAACACUCAUCAGCUGUUCCAACAGUUUUAACUGGAUUAUUUUUAAAUUAAGGGGAGAGUGAGUGGCCAGCUGAGGCCAGAUCCUCAUAACCUGAGGAUUAGCAGAGAUUAUCAGUAUGUAGUGUCUAAGGUUAUAAUUAGAAAUGGCACUAAGAGAUGAAGGCUUUACAAUACCUUCCAAACACAAUGUUGACUUAACUGAAUUCUUUCAACUAUUGUGUAUUUUGAUAUCAAGCUAAAUCUUGGAGUUGUUACAGGCCAACUCUACUUAGAAGACAAUAAAACAGUCAUAUACAGAUAUGCCGCAAUAACCACAGUGUUGAUUAGGCUCCAGGUGGACUUGAAAACAUGAGGCAUUAUUUCAAUACUGGAGAUUUUUGCUGUGCAGGCUCUCUUCUGUUAUUUUAAACUAAGCUUCCAUGAGCCUACAUUGCUUUUUUCAGACCUGUCCACAGAGGCACAUCCAAAAGCCACACAGUUACUUAAACUUCAUAAUGAGUGCUUGAACACUGUGUAAAUUGAGAGAAGAUGGUGUCCUGCAGGGCAGAAUAUCAUGGCCAUUCCAAAAGUGUCAGUAUAGUACACUGGCCGAUGACUACAUUUGUAAGUGGGUCUAAAUUUCAGCACUUUAUACAAACCCUUAAUAUCUAACUUAUCUUUACAAAUAUUACUAACACAAAAGCAAAAAAAAAAAUGCAUUAUAGAUUUUAUUUAUUUUUAAUAAUACCAAAUGUCUCUUAAUUACAUCUUAGAUUGGUAGAAUGUCCCUUUAACAAAACUAUACAUAUAGAUGUAUGUAGUUCAUAUUAUAAUACACGUAAUAUGUCAACUUGGAACUGCAACUAUUGUUUAUCUUCCUGUAUACAAUGUUCUUGAAUGAAGGAGCCUAAAGAACAUUACCAGGACAUAAAAUCCAUGAUUCUAACAACUCCAAGGAAACUUCAGAUGCUCAAACCUAACUAAUGACCAAUGAAUAUCACUCAUACUGGAUCAUAUUAAUCAUACUUGUGAUUAAGUAUGGUCUGAAGGUUUUAAGUUCCUAGAUUUAACAAGACUAAAUAUGAUGAUAUUGCAUUUUUCAAUACAGCAUUAAUAUGACUUUCACAGUUAUUCCAUUUACUACACAAACGUAACAUUCUUCCUAAAGAGUCAGCACUCUGAACCUGACU